AUGGAUACUCUUUUAACCGCCGAGAUUGCGGCCAAUGCCCCUCGGUACCGUCGCAAGAGCUCUACAUUUAUUGAUGCCAUUCAUGAUAUUCCUCAUGGUCAAGACUUGGCCCCGGCUCAACUAUACAGCACCAUGUCUGGCCGAUUGUUUCACUCUGGCCGCAUCGCAAUUGUCAUGGUUGGACCACCUGCACGUGGGAAAACACAUAUAUGCGUUUCCAUGGCACGUUAUUUGGGGUGGCUUGGUGUGAAGUCUCGUAUCUUUCAUCUCGGCGACUACCGUCGAGCAACUGUUGGCCCCGAUGGAUCUAUUCCCGAUGAUUAUUUCUUCCCGAACGCAUCGCCUGCAUCUGUCAUUCUGCGCCAGAAAAUCCUGAAGAAAUGUCGUGAAGACAUAUACUCCUGGCUGAAUCACGACAACGGCCAGGUCGCCAUUUACGAUGCCGUAAACCCUACUGCUAAUGGACGGCGUUCGCUAGCCAAGGAAUUUGCGAAGCACGAUGUUCAAACUCUUUUCAUCGAGUCCUUUGUCGAUGAUGAACGCAUCCUUCGUGAGAAUGCAAGAAAUGUCAAGAUCUCGUCCCCAGACUUCGCUGGUAUGGAACCUGAUGAAGCCGCUAAGCUAUACCUUCAGAGAAUUGAGAUGAAGAUUCCCGUAUUUGAAACCAUGAAUGAGAAGGAAUUGAACUACAUCAAGAUGAUAAAUGCCGGGGAAAAGUUCUUCUACAACAACGUCAGCUUCAAUUAUCUUGCUCACCGAAUCGUCUUCUACCUCACCAACCUGCACAUCAAAUCACGGAAAACCUUCUUUGCCCGGGCUGGUACUACGGCAGAAGAAGACUCGUACAAGGCCGAUGCCCCUCUGUCUCAAGAAGGGAGAGAUUAUGCCCAAAAAAUGUCCGAGGCUCUUUUGAAGCAUCGAGAGCAGGAACGUCUGACAAACAUCGAAGAAGGGGGUCCAGAUGUGCCUCUACCGCCACUCACCGUUUGGACAUCGACUCGUAUGCGUACGGUGCAAACUUCUGACGUCCUAAAGGAGAAAGGCUACAAGGUCCGUCAGCGAACACAACUCAGUCAAAUCAACCCAGGCGUUUGCGAGAAGAUGUCGGAGCGUAUGAUUCGCCAGAUCUACCCCGAUGAGGUCGAAAAGCACGAAUUAGACCCUUACCACCACCGAUAUCCGCGUGCAGAGUCAUACCAUGAUCUGGCUGUUCGCCUGGAGCCCAUCAUUCUCGAACUCGAGCGAGAACAGCACGACCUUCUUAUUAUUGCCCACGAAUCGGUGCUUCGAGUUCUCUACGCUUAUUUAAUGCACUGCUCUACCACUGACAUCCCAGUCAUCAAUUUUCCACGCGACGAGAUCAUCGAGAUCAUCCCAGCAGCAUACCAGAAUGAGGCUAAACGUAUACAUAUUCCUGGCCUGGAUCCCCAGAUCGUACCUGGAUCACCUCAAGAUAUCAAAAUUCCGGUUCCUAGCAGCGGAGUUGUGAGCGCUCAACUGUCCCCUAUCCCGAGUGGCAUUGGGACUCCUGCUGAGCAUGUCGAACGACCUCCUGAGAAGGUUAUCAACACUGCCAAGGAUAUGGUUGCUGACAAAGUCAACGAUGAAGACUAG